AUUUUCUUUUUUAAAAAAAACCUUCACACCAACUGUAACAAAAGUUUGAAUGCAAGCACAUGAGAACUAUGUCAUAUAUACAAACAGUGCAAACGCAACUGUAGAUGGGGAAGAACUUGGUGCUUUCAAGACAAAUCAAGAGGGACAAGAUGGUAUUAAUAUAAUGGUGAUGGUGCCAAUGGUGAUGUUGGAAAUAUGCCCUACAAAUGCCAUUGCUGCAAUGAAAAAAAUAAUGGCAAUCUGAAUAUUGCAUAUGUCUAAUUUUAAACAGAAUCGCGACAUUUCCUCAGCAACUUCCAUAAAUGCUUAAACCCUGGAGAAUACUGUCUGCUCUGUUUUUCAACUUGGAGAGCCUUCUGAGUAAAGAUGAUGAGUCCCAGCAUCUGUUGGCUGUGCAACAUGUUCAGAGAUGGCAAAAAUGGAAUUGCUUCCAAAGUAAGCCUGGAGGAAGUGCUGCAAUGGUCCCAGUCCUUUGAAAAGCUAAUGGCUACUAAAUAUGGGCCAAUUAUCUACAAGUCCUACCUGAAGACUGAAUACAGUGAUGAGAACAUUGACUUUUGGUUGACUUGUGAAAGGUAUAAGAAGAUUGCCUCCCAGAGGAAAAGAACUGCAGUGGCCCAGAAACUUUUCAAUGAGUACAUCCAACCUCAGGCUCCAAGAGAGAUUAACAUUGAUAGCCCAGCAAGAGAAAGUAUUAUCGCGGAGAUUCAAGAACCAAGCCAGUCCUGUUUUGAUGAAGUCCAGAAAAUAGUUUACCUGCAUAUGGAAAGGGAUUCAUACCCCCGGUUUCUUGGUUCAGAAAUCUAUCAAAACCUUAUCCAUAGUCUUUCAGCCAGAAAAGAUCCAUUGGUAUCUAUCAAGAUGAAGAAUAACAAUUUGGAAGACACAGUUAUCAUCACCAAUUUUUGAACCUUUGAAGAUAGAGAUGUCCAGUUGUGGCUUGAGGAACAUUGCUAUAUCUAAGGCUUUAUUCAGACUUCUGAUUUGGUGUACAAUGUAACUAUUCUGAUGUAGGGAAAUUGUUUAUAGCCAAAUGAUGACCUCAUUACAUAAUUUAUAUCCUGAAGAUUUCAAAUACCAGCUGCAACUUUUCAAACCCUGGGCAGCAAGUGGAUUUUUUUAAAUCUGUUCAAGGAAUUAUUAAAUUGAGGGAUAAUUUGCCAUGUGUAUUUGCAUUUUCUCAUUUUCUUUGUAUUGUGGGGUUAUCUGAUUACUGCCAUUAACAACAUGCUGCAUGGGAAAGGAUAGCGAAAGAAGCACCACAAGUUUUUUAAAUUAAUUUUUCCCACAAUUGCAUUGCAGAUGCUACAUAAGGUAAAGGUAAAGGUUUCCUCUGACGUUUAAGUCCAGUCAUGUCUGACUCUGGGGAUUGGUGCUCAUCACCAUUUCUAAGCUGAAGAGCCGGCGUUGUCCGUAGACACCUCUAAGGUCAUGCGGCUGUCAUGACUGCAUGGAGCGCCAUUACCUUCCCGCUAGAGCGGUACCUAUUGAUCUAUUCACAUUGGCAUAUUUUCAAACUGCUAGGUUGGCAGAAGCUGGAGCUAACAGCGGGCGCUCACUCCGCUCCCAGGAUUUGAACCUGGGACCUUUCAGUCUGCAAGUUCAGCAGCUCAGUGCUUUAACACACUUUGCCACUGGGGCUCUACAUAUUUUGGUCAAAAUAGAAUGCAAAACAGUGGUGCCCUUGCUGCCUUUCCCCUCCCCCCUCCCCCUUGGUCUUUUCUGUUGACUUCCUUUUGGGGGUGGGGGUAGGAGACAUUAUUACUUUGAAGAUGUAUAUUGGCUAUUUUCCAAGAUAGCAACUCUAGAUUGGACCCUUUGGCUAAUUGUUUUUUCUAGGUAAUUUUUGAUCUGAUUUUUCCUGGUUCAGUCUUAUUUAAAGCCCUCUGUCCAUAGUUGUGAGUCUUUUUCUUAUCUGAUGAACUUUAAAAAUGGUUCCCAGUCCUUUUGUGGUUGUUUUGGGGUUUUCUUCUGAGCAUCAUUGUCAAUUUAUCCAUUUCUAUCAGAUUAAAAACUUUUGUACUAUU